CUUUAUCCAUCAUUCUUUUAUUGGUUUGAAACGUAUUCAAUACUGCUCUCACUAUGAACUCACUAAGCGUAGCAUUCUGUUUUUUCACUGUCUCUGUAGUGACAUCUGAUGCUUUCAACUUUAUGGGUGGAUAUGGUGGAGACAAAAAGGCGGUUGAACACCCACAUCAUGGCAACUUCUUCGCUGAUGUCGGUCGAGAUAUCGGCAAGUUCUGGGGCAGUCUGUUCAAACACAAAAAACCUCACCAUGAAGAUGACCAUGCUGCUGAAAAAACGUCAAGCUGGAAAGGAAGGCUUCCCAAAUCAUCAGACAGUAGGGAUAUGGAGGCCAUUAUGACGAAAUCUAUGUAUGCACAGUUCAAAGCUUACGCCAUGAUGGCAGAUGCUUAUAAAUUACUUGGAGAUAGUGUCAGACUGCAGAGAGAAGCGUUGAUGGAUAUGAAUGACUCUGGUCCUGUUGAAGAUUCACCAAGACCCCCAGAAUGGCAUAAAUAAUUUUUAGAACAUUUAAUCGAUUACUAGAAAUAUACGAGAACUUUUGAAACAAAUAAAACUAAAAUUGUAUCGGAAAUUGAUAAUAAACCAUUUGGAUAAGGAA